AUGGAAAAGACCUGUAUCUUAGGGCUUCUUCUGGUCCUUUCUUGGUACCGGUUAGUUCCUGUCAGUGGAACAAUCUGCGGACAGACCAGUUUCUCCUCAGGACAGGGAACAGUCACUUCUCCAAGCUACCCCAGCAACUAUCCCAACUUCCUGCUCUGUAACUAUGACUUCACGGCGUCCGGUGACGACCACGUGUGGAUCAAGUUUACAGAUUUCCGACUGGAGGAGGGCCCGUCGUGUGUGUGGGAUGACGUGUCUAUCUACGACACCUCGGUCAGCCCGAGGGUACAGAUAGGAGAGAAAUACUGCGGCUCGGACAUGCCGCCGUAUGUCGUGUCCCCCGGACAGAGUCUGCGAGUGCGCUUCAAAACCGACUUCAGCGUCACGAACAGGGGCUUCUCUUUCGACUACUCGUUCGACACCAUAGACACCCUGGGAGACUGUGGCAUAACUGCUACCAUAAGUAGCGGUUCGGGUGCCAUCACCUCUCCGAGUUACCCAAGUAACUAUCCGGACAGCUCCAACUGUGUGUAUGAACUGACAGCCGCCAGUCCGGACGAUGUCAUACAGCUCUUCUUCGUGCAGUUCUCCCUGGAUUCGGCAGGGGGAGACUCCCUGCGGGUCGUCACCACAGGCGAGCACCACGCCGGCGACACGGUGUACAGGCGGGACGACGCCAACUUCCUCCACGUGGCGGGAACCAGCCUGACCCUGACCUUCACUUCUUCAUCUUCCAAUGGAGACGGCUUCCUGGCCACUUAUUCGGUCCUCACGGACGGUGCAAUCCUGGGCACGUGUGGAGGGACGUACACGUCAGACACAGGCACGAUCUCCUCCCCAGGGUACCCUGGCAACUACGAAAACAGCGCCACCUGUUACUACUCCAUCCAGGUCAGCGCCGGACACAUUGUUCGGCUAGAGUUCAGUACCUUCCACAUCGCCGGAUAUUGUUCCGGGGACUACCUGUCCAUAUAUGCCGGGAGCAGCCCGUCUGCACCCCUGAUAGCGCACUACUGCGGGAUGGGAGAACCCACGACGGUACAGUCUUCCUCCAACGCCGUGUAUCUGGUGUUCGCCUCCGACAGUUACGGAAACGCGGAGGGUUUUCGGGCCGAGUACACCGCUAUCUCCACCGGUGACGUCCAGACAACAACUGUGUCGCCACCGGGCCCUACAGAAGAGACGCCUACAGAAGGCAUACCCAUCUGUGAUAGCCGCUUCCUGAGUGACCCCACCGUUCCCGUGGUCUCUCACGACGGCUACUCCACCGGUACAAGCUACAGCGCCGAAACCGAAUGUACGGUCGUCCUCACCACCAGCCACGGCCACAAGAUCAACGUAUGGAUAGAAAACAUGGACAUCCAGGAAUGUGGAGGACACUCAUGCACUUGUGACGCCCUGGAAUUUCAGGGCAUCCAAGAUCACGACACCCUGCUCUUCUGUGGAGACCUGGACCGUCCGGAGUCUCUGUCCUCCUCCGGACACAUGGUGGUGGUCACCUUCCGCACGGACAGCACUGUCCAGCACUCCGGAUUCAAGAUAGCCUGGAACAGCUAUGAUCCUGGAACAGACCAGAGUGGAUGUACAGGCUUCUGGUGUGCAGCAGACUCCAUGUGUAUCCCCGACUCCUGGGUGUGCGACAAGGUGGACCACUGUUCAGACAGGGCAGAUGAGAACUGUCCUUGGGAUUACCGGUUGUCAACUGAUCAAAUCAUGAUGAUCGUCUUCGUGUCAGCUGGAGUCAUUGUCUUUAUAGCUACCAUGGUGCCCAUUAUGCGCUACUGCUGUGCUCGACCACCCCAGCAAGUUCACGUCAUUGUGCCACAAGGACAGGCUGCUGACCCCGCCUACUAUGGCCAAGGACCUCACGGUGUGCCCUCUGGACAUAUGUUCCCUCCUGCUGGCGGCAUUGCACCUCACCAAGGCCCACCUCCUCACCAAGGACCUUACCCAACAGGCACCGGGCAGAUGACUGGAGGGGUCCCUCCCCAGUACGGACCACCCCUACCACACCCUCCAAAUGCUGGGCAGAUGCUAGGACCCCAUGGUGGGCCCCCAGCCUACCCUAGACCUCCCUCCCCAUAUCCUCCUGAUGUCACGGCCACGGACAUGUACACCAGACAGGGAGAGUUGCCACCUCUCAAUGUCACCACGGCUGAGGAUGUGGCCAUGAGGCAACAACAGGGCCAUGGUGUCCCACCACCACCUAUCUACAUCCCUCCUACACUGAUCCAAUAACAUGGCCCUGUAUCCGACCAGGGACAUUACACAGCGUGUCCUUGAUCCGACCUAUAAAGCCCCAAUGUCACACAUUCCGAACACUCCCCCCGAACACCGACCAACCAAGCUGGCUUAAGUUCGGAGCAGACUGGCCAGAUUUUUGUAUAUAAAUUGAAUCAAAUUUGAAGUAAAUUUCAGUCAAAUUUGACUCCCAACAACUGCUCAGACCUACUCCUGUCCACACCCAAAUGUUUUAAACAUUUUGAAGAAGAGUCAUGCAGAAAGAUUUACUAAAACAUAAACCAAUCUAUUUUAGACCUCAGAUAUUUUAUCGGUUUACCCAGUAUCCGAAAUCUUAAGAGUCUGGAAGUAAAGUCACAAAUGUAAAGGAAUGUGGAAAAUAAUGCAAUAAACUUUUAUUCAGCAACUCACUGCAAAGAAUAUCAUACACUUAUUAUAUAUACAGAUAUACACAUACAUGUACUUUGGUAUGAUCAUAUUUCCUUUCCUUUUUACACAUGCUUCUUUCAAUUUCUAAUAUGUACAUAUACAUAGUUAUUACGUUCUUCCAUACUGUGUUAUUCUGACAUAAGCCUUGUAUGAUAAGGCGAAAAUACAAAUAUUAUUGUCCACAAUUUUCUUGGUCUGAUAUGUUAGUAACUUUGGACGGAUUUGAUACAGUUUGACACAGUAAAAUUCAUGAAGCAGCAAUUUGCAAAAUAUGCAAAAGAAAAUGUAUCCAAAGAUCACAACAGACAUAAUUCACUCUGAUAUUGAUGAUGUACAAUCUUAUAUGCGAUAUGCUUACACAUCUUGGCAAGGUCACUUUAAAUAUCAUUAGCAAUGAAGAAUACAAAGUUACAUUCAAAUCCCAAAAUAGCAUCAAAGAGAAAAGUUAAUACCUUUUUAAGCAUCUUUUGUACAAGGGAUGAAAUUAUCACAUCACUUUCAUAAUGUGAACUUGUCCUGAUUGUUAUAACUGUUAUAACAUUUCUAUUAAAGAGGAUGAGAAAUUUCAGCCUUUGGAAAAUCUCCACCUCUGAUGAUUUAAGCACCAAAGAUCAUUCAGAAAAAGAUGCACAUACUUCAUGAUGGUUCAAUAGUUUGUUGGCCAAACGUACUUUGCCUGUGCGAAACCUGUAAUGUAUUGUGCCUUCUGCAGAACAUCUUGUUUUUGCAUAUUUAAGCAUGACAUUCUGCGUAUAGUUCUCAAAUGUUGUGUCGGAAAAGAUAUCGUCUGCAAUGAAAACUGUGAAAAAACAUCCAGUGAAA